UAUGGUUGAGCUUUGUGCACGAAACCAUAAAAAUGUCGGCUCACGAGCAAAUGAAGAAUAUGCUCGAUCAGCUUAUGGGUACCGGGAGAGAUGGGAACUAUGUUAUGAGCUGUAACCCCAGGUGAUAUAACAGCUAGGGGGCAUGGGUCCACAAGCCCGAUAUCAUGGAGCAGAAUCAUGUUUUUUAAGACCCUGUGCCUGCCUGAAAAAGAAGCCAUAGGAAACCGUGUGUAUCUGGCGCAGUGUGUAUAACUUCUUGAAAUGACUGUUAUUAUUAUGUUUUAUUGUUAUUGGGAAUGGGUUUAAAAUAACAUGUCUUCUUAUUAGACAAGUAAUGCAAUGUGCAACCAAGAGAAAGCACAUUCAUAAAUCUAGAGCUGUAUGUUUUUGCUGACUUUAGAUCUGUACAUUUUCCUCUGUCGGGCUGGAGUAUAAAUUGCAACCAUCAAACCAAUCAAACCAAUGGAUGUAUGUGUGAGAUAUGCCAGUCUUUGUCAGUAUAAAAACAUGCAGUUUUAGGUGGUAAAUUGUUGAAUUUUUUCUUGUCAUCAAACUUUAUCAUUUAGAACAAUAUUUGUUAUCUGCGAUUAAUUGGAAAAAAUGGGGUUAAUCAGUUAGUGACCUCCAGUUUGAAAGAUUUGGACAUUGGAAUAAAAUAUUUGCAUGCUUCUAGAGUUUUCCACGAAGUUUGGUACUGCUUGCCUCAUUUCAGUGAGGCAAAGAAUUUCUAGGUUAAAAGUGUGUGGAAAUCUCAGGCAUACUUAUCCACCUCAGCACUAUGCACUUUCCAUCAUGUUGCAAAACUGUAUUUGCAUGGAGCAGCCUGACAUCAUAUGGUCAGAUGUUAUAACUUUAACUUUUGAUCCCACUCUUUUACCACUGUGAACAUGCCCUUUUUUUUAAAUUUUGAAUCCUUUUUUCCUGUAACAAAAAUGGGAGGUGUCUGGGCAACAGAAAGAGCAAAUAUUUAAAGUAUAGUCUUACUUUGUCUAUAUAGCAAGUCCUGUUUUGAUACUUUGUCUCAUUAAAAAGCAAGAGUCAAACUUGUUUUCAUCUAUUUUCAGGUGAAAACAACAAGUUUAAAGUGACGUUUGAUGACCCCCGCGUGUGCAAAAGUUUUCUGAUGAAUUGCUGUCCACAUGACAUCCUGGCCAGUACGAGGAUGGAUUUGGGAGACUGUCCAAAGAUUCAUGAUCUGGCACUUAGAGCUGACUUUGAAAAGGCAUCCAGGCACAAAGAUUACUAUUAUGACAUUGAUGCCAUGGAACACCUGUCCAGUUUCAUUGCAGACUGUGACAGAAGGACGGAGCAGGCCAAGAAGAGGCUCAAAGAAACUCAGCAGGAGCUCAGUGAUGAGGCCAAUUCCAAGGCUGAGAUAAUCCAUGUAUUGGGAGAGGAGGUGGGCACCAAACUGGCCAAGUCUGAGGAGCUAGGGGCCCAGGGACUGGUGGACGAGUCCAUGAAACUUCUCGAGGAGAUGGAAGAACUCAAGAAAAAGAAACAACAGGCAGAGAUAGAGUAUCGCAAUUCCAUGCCUGCAUCCAGUUAUCAGCAACAGAAGCUGCGUGUGUGUGAAGUCUGUUCUGCGUAUUUGGGUAUCCAUGACAACGACAGACGUCUGGCCGAUCACUUCGGUGGCAAACUUCAUCUGGGUUUUAUAACGAUCAGAAGCAAACUGGAGGACCUCAAGAAAAGUGUUGCGGAAAGAAGGGAAAAGCGUGAAAAGGAACGAGAAGACAGGAGAAAAGAAAGAGAGAUGGAGGCUCACAGCAGAGAGGCUUCUAGGAAACCCAGUCGUAGUCGAAGCAGGAGCCGUGCCAAAAGAUCCCGUAGUGGAAGUCGGAGCAGGAGGAAGAGAAGCCGUUCUCGAAGUCGUAGUAGGAAUAGACGCCGUCGCAGCAGGAGUGGAAGUAGACGGAGAAGGUCUUACUCCAAUAGCUCAAAAUCCCGAUCGAGGUCCAGAUCAGGGUCCAGAACCUCGCGACAGAAGAGACCCAGAAGACGGCGAUCGCGUUCAUACGAUUCUGGAUCCAGACGCUCAAGGUCCAGAUCUCGCUCUAGACAUAACCGCAGACGUUCCAGGAGUAGGUCAAGGUCAAGGCGAAGCAGGAGAGGUGGAGGCAGACGCUCCAGAACCAGGUCAAGGUCGAGAUCUAGAAAGGAAAGGUCAAGAUCUGGUGAGAGAUCGUGGCGGAAGUCGCCUAGUCCCAGCAAAACCAGGAAAAGGAACGACGAGGAGAACUCGCUAGAAAGAGAGAUCGUAUCCACGGGAGAAGAUGAAGAUAUCAAAAAUGGAGAUGUAGCAGCGGAGUAAAUUUCUUACUGCAUAAACCAAGAGCUACUGGUGUUUUAAAGCAAUGACCAAGUUAAAUGUUGGGAGUCCAUUUCUUUCUUAAUUUUUUUGGAAAAAUACACGAGAAGAAGUCUCAGAAUGUGUCAACUCCCAGCAAAUAAUUACAUGGUUUCAGAUUAUGCAAAAUUUCAGUGGAAGGCGCUUUCAAAAUGUGUGACCCUGGUGCCAGAUAUUUCGUCAUAUUUCUUAUCAGGGGUAUCAAUAUUUGAUUCUUCGCAACCAAGCAGUAUUCCCAGUUAAAACUUUCAUUUUAUCCUAAAACAAAAAACUCGAACUGUGGACAGCUUUAACUUCAAGUGAUUUUUAACGUAAUUUAAUUGAACUAAAUGUAAGGAUGCACGCUCGUCUGUCUUCUGUCAGUUAUCUUGAAAGCAUUAAAACAAAUGAUGCUAUUAAAAUGAUCAAUGGAAAAGCCAACGGUAUCUUGCUUGCUUAAACAAAGACUUAAUGAUGUUAGUGCCAUUUAAAAAAAAACCUUUAAAGCCUUUACCCGCACAAAGUCUAAUAAAGGGUUAUUUUCUUUACAUAGGUAAAUUGGAUUAGUCGCAGUAUGUUAUGAAGACGACAUUAAAUAUCUACACACUUCUAAGUGUAUCCUUGAAACUGUGAAUAAACUGUUGUAAUAUUUUC